CUCUCCCUGCGCGGCCAAGUUUUGCAAGGGCUAACGAUGCCCUGGCCGCUUUCUGCUCCCUGGAAGAGCUUCACCUUGGCGUUGCUCCUAACCACGGGGGGAUCGCCCUCGAGCAAGGUGUCUGAACAUCAGCAUUUGGAUCACUUAGCUGAAAAGCUGGAGCAGAGUGAGAAGAAUGAUUCGAUUGUCAGUAGAGAGAAGAAAUGGGAAUUGCCUGUUCCCCAGCUUAUACCUUCAUCGCCAAAACCAUAUUCUUCAUUUCCCUCCCUAAAGCAGAAUUGGGAAGAAUAUCGGCUUCAGUGUUUAAAGUAUCUCCGAGAAACACCCCCUCUUGUGCCAGAAGGCAAGUUUUGCAACAGGACUUUUGACAACUAUGUCUGCUGGCCUGAUGGUAUUCCUGGCACCUAUGUGAAUAUGAGCUGCCCUUGGUAUUUACCAUCAGGUAGCUCAGGCCAAGUUUACCGUUACUGCACACUGGAAGGGACAUGGCUGAUGGAGGAGAAUUCCACUAAUCCAUGGAGGAACAUUUCGGCGUGUAUGGUUCCUGAUGAAGACUCAACAGGAAGACGGUUGUUAUUCCUUUCUGUUAUCUACACCACUGGAUAUGCUCUUUCUUUCUCAGCCCUUGUUAUAGCAACUGGCAUUCUCCUUUGGUUCAGGCACCUGCAUUGUACCAGGAACUAUAUUCACUUGAACCUUUUUACCUCAUUUAUCCUACGUGCUGUGUCCAUCUUCAUUAAGGACUCCAUGCUCACGUGGAUGUACAAGACAGCCCCUCGUCAACAACAGUGGGAGAGUGUAAUUUCCUACCAGGGGUCACUCAGCUGCCGCUUGAUCUUCGUGAUGAUGCAAUAUUGUGUGACUGCAAACUAUUACUGGCUACUGGUGGAAGGAAUGUACCUGUAUACUCUAUUAGCCCUCUCAGUAUUUUCAGAGCAGAGAAUCUUUCGACUUUACCUUUGUGUUGGCUGGGGUGUGCCAAUGCUGUUUGUAAUCCUCUGGGGAAUUGUCAAGUACCUUUAUGAAGAUGAGGGCUGUUGGAACAAGAAUCUGAACAUGAACUAUUGGCUGAUCAUCAGGCUACCUAUUAUGGUUGCUAUUGGGGUGAACUUCCUGAUCUUUAUCAGGGUUAUUUGCAUUAUAAUUUCUAAGCUGCAAGCCAAUCUGUUGCGCAAAAAUGACAUAAAAUGCAGAUUGGCCAAAUCUACACUGACUCUGAUCCCACUUCUGGGUACACAUGAGAUCAUCUUUGCUUUUGUUACUGAUGAGCACGCCAAGGGGAUGCUGCGAUUUGUGAAGCUUUUUUUUGAACUCUCCUCCUCUUCUUUUCAGGGACUUUUGGUGGCAAUUCUCUACUGUUUUAACAAUACUGAGGUUCGGACAGAAUUCCAGAAAAGCUGGGAACGAUGGAGAUUGGAACACUUUUAUGUCCAGAGAGACAACAGUAUGAAGCCACUUAAAUAUCCAGCCAACAGCAUUAGCAGUGGAGGUACAGUUGGAACCACAGUCUACGCUGCUACUUGUCAAGUUACUACAUUCAACUAAGAUGCAGAAGAAAUGCCCCCUCUGACCAGAACUGUAGGAAAUAAAACUGAAUACCCAGCCAGACUCUUAGAGUCUUUAGAAGACUUGACCUUCCGCUGUUCAUUGCUGCAGGCAGCUGAAUAAGCUUUUAAAAUAAAGCGGAUGGCUAAUAUAAUCAGUGCAUUUGAAGGUAGAAGUCAUCUCCAAAGAAAGAGUUUUUCCCCAAUUAAAGCCAGAGGCCUUCAGGUGUCCAAAGUCUAACAACCUGUGUUGAUGCAGUUACAAAGCAUGAGGUUAAUAACCUAUUAGAACAGGUAGACACUUUGAAGCAUUGAUUAAAUUAUAAGAAUGCAGCCGAUUAAUGCAGACAAGAAAGAUCAGCGUUUGAGAAAGGUAAGGCUAACCACUCUCAUGGUUAAAAAAAAAGGAGUUACAGUCUGCAUAAUCUUUGUAUACAUUUACUAUUGGUAGCUUUAUUAAGCGAAAAGUAGCCAUUUUGAGCUCAAUUCAGGACAAAAAGUUUCUCUACAUAGCAACACUCUGUAGAGAAAUAUCUUCUACAAUACUUCGGCUGUAAUAAGCUUUUGCAAAAGAACAUGCCCACUAUAGUUAAAAAAUACGGGCCAGUACUUUUUGUCAUUAAUGCUAAUUAAAACAUGUUCUCUGCAAUCCUGAGGCAGUAAUGUGUAACUUCUUUUAAAAAAUAUUUGAAAUGCAAGUCUAGUAAAUGCUUUUUUACAAUAAGUAGCUCCAACGGCAUUGAGAAUGUUUACUUUCUUGCUACCUGGAAAGACCUGAACAAUCCAACUCUUGUUCAAAUGUCAGAAGUAUUGGAUAUAAUAUGUUGCUUUUUGCUGCACGGUUUCAGACUUGUUAGCUUUUUUUUGUUUUGUCUGAAGAAUUGCUUGGCUGU